CAGAGGUAGCAGAGGAGAGAGAGACACACAUGGAGCCUGGCAACUAAUGGAUUACUCUCAGACUGUUGUGAACUACACAGCAGCCAAAUGCCAUUAACCACAAGGCAAAUUCAGUACUGACAUAUUGACACACAUUUAACUACAGCCUAUAACACCCUACAAGCUCUGAACACAUUUAGAUCACAUAACAUUUGAGACAGACAGUUCUAACACUGGUCUCUUGAUCUACAUUAGCGUAAACAGACAAACUGAUUCAAUGAUCCCUCACACAAACACAGAGACAAUGGACAUGCAUGGACUUCACUGUUGAAUCAAAGGGACAAAGAUGUGAAUUGUGGUGAGGAUUUGGACACCUUUUGUGAAACAUCACUGAAGACGAUCACAAGCAAAAGCAUGGAAAGUAUCUCAGAGAAAACGGGUUGGGAUGGAUUAGGCCACUCCUCUCUGACAUCUGCGACGGCAGGAAGAAACAACCUCACUUCCUCCCUCUUCUCCGACUUCACGUCCCUCAACAGUUCUCAUGGAGGCGCAGGGUCCUACUAUUGGAUUAUCCCAGAGAACGCCUCAACCACCACGCCCCAAGCCUUACCCCAGCCCAGGGUGAGGGAUCUGGGCCUGGCCCGGGCCGAGAUAGGGGUGCUGGGCCUGGUACUGGCCCUGACUACCCUGGGAAACGGCUUUGUACUGUGGGUGCUGCUUCGCAGGAGGAAACAAAACGCUCCCAUGCACCUGUUCAUGGUCAACCUGUGUCUUGCUGACCUGGUGGUGGCGCUGUUCCAGGUACUUCCCCAGCUGGUAUGGGACAUCACAGGAAGGUUCAAGGGGCCGGAUUUUCUGUGUCGCUCAGUAAAGUACCUGCAGAUCGUAGGGAUGUUCGCGUCCUCCUAUAUGAUCGUUGCCAUGACGGUAGAUCGGCACUAUGCCAUCUGCUGCCCACUGCAAGCCUACCGUGGUGGGUCCGUGUCGCGCUGGAACACCCCUAUCAUGACGGCCUGGGGCCUGGCCCUACUGCUCUCCAUACCACAGUUCUUCAUUUUCUCGCGGUCGGAGGUGUCUCCAGGAGAGUUUGAGUGCUGGGGUCACUUCGCUGAGCAGUGGGGGCUCAAGGCCUACAUCACCUGGAUGACCCUAGCAGUGUUCUUACUGCCAGCACUAAUCAUCACCGUCUGCCAGAUCCGGAUCUUCAGAGAGAUUCACAACAACAUCUAUCUGAAGUCAGAGAGGAUGGUGUCAGCAGAGCUCAAGAAGAACAACGCUGUCAUUUUCCGCUUCCACCGAGUCAAAAAGGAGGACGGUAGAAUGACAAGGGAGCGGGGGAGAGGAGGAGGAGGAGGAGGGGGGAGAGGAGGAGGAGGAGAAGUUCCCAGAUCACAUGGCUCCCAUGGCCCAGUCACCUCUGGUGGAUGUAGUGGUGGUUCAGUGCCUCCUAACAAUGGCAGUUGCAACUGCCAUGAGUCCUACACCUCCUUCGAGCUCCCCUCCUCCGCCCGGCAUGUCCCCUCUCCACGCCCCUCCCUGGAUUACCCUCCCUCACCCCCACCCCCCCUGGCCCUGACUCCCCCCUCCAUCUCCAAAGCCAUGUCUAAGACGGUGAGGAUGACUUUAGUGAUAGUGUUGGUGUACACAGUCUGCUGGUCCCCCUUCUUCAUCGUCCAGCUGUGGGCCGCCUGGGACCCCAACCCUCCAGACCAAGGCGUGGCGUUCACCAUCCUGAUGCUGCUGGCCAGUCUGAAUUCCUGUACCAACCCCUGGAUCUACACCUUCUUCAGCAGCUCUGUGUCCAGGGAGCUACAGGCCCUGUUACGCUGCAGACCAAGAACCCCGCGCAGGGGCUCCAUACCUGACGACUCCACCACCACACACACCUCCACCACCACACACACCUCCACCACCAAGGACAGCCUCUACUGACACACACACGUACGGUACCAGUCAAAAGUUUGGACACACCUUCUCAUUCAAGGGUCUUUCUUUAUUUUUGCUAUUUUCUACAUUGUAGAAUAAUAGUGAAGACAUCAGAACUAUGAAACAACACAUAUGGAAUCAUGUAGUAACCAAAAAAUUGUUAUCUCAACUAUAUUUUAUAUUUGAGAUUCUUCAAAGUAGCCACCCUUUGCCUUGAUGAAAGCUUUGCACACUUUUGGCAUUCUCUCAACCAGCUUCACCUGGAAUGCUUUCCCAACAGUCUUGAAGGAGUUCCCAGAUAUGCUGAGCACUUGUUGGCUGCUUUUCCUUCACUCUGCGGUCCAACUCAUCCCAAACCAUCUCAAUUGGUUGGUUGAUUGUGCCAGGUAAUCUGAAGCAGCCAGGUCAUCUGAAGCAGCACUCCAUCACUCUCCUUCUUGGUCUAAUAGCCCAUUCACAGCCUUGAGGUAUGUUGGGUCAUUGUCCUAUUGAAAAACAAAUGAUAGUCCCACUAAGCGCAAACCAGAUGGGAUGGCGUAUCACUACAGAAUGCUGUGGUAGCCAUGCUGGUUAAGUGAGCCUUGAAUUCUAAAAAAAAUCACAGACCGUGUCACCAGCAAAGCACCCCACACCAUCACACCUCCUCCUCCAUGCUUCACGGUAGAUCUCACAAAGACAUGGCGGUUGGUCUCAAAUUUGGACUCAUCAGACCAAAGGACAGAUUUCCACCGGUCUAAUGUCCAUUGCUUGUGUUUCUUGGCCCAGGUAAGUCUCUUCUUAUUGGUGUCCUUUAGCAGCGGUUUCUUUGCAGCAAUUCGACCAUGAAGGCCUGACUCACACAGUAUCCUCUGAACAGUUGAUGUUGAGAUGUGUCUGUUACUUGAACUCUGUGAAGCAUUUAUUUGGGCUGCAAUUUCUGAGGCUGGUAACUCUAAUGAACGUAUAGUCUGCAGCAGAGGUAACUCUGGGUCUUCCAUUCCUUUGGCGGUCCUCAUUAGAGCCAGUUUCAUCAUAGCGCUUGAUUGUUUUUGUGACUGCACUUGAAGAAACUUUAAAAGUUCUUGAAAUGUUCCAUAUUGACUGACCUUCAUGUCUUAAAGUAAUGAUGGACUGUCGUUUCCCUUUGCUUAUUUGAGCUGUUCUUGCCAUAAUAUGGACUUGGUCUUUUACCAAUCUAUCUUCUGUAUACCAACCCCACCUUGUCACAACACAACUGAUUGGCUAAAACACAUUAAGAAGGAAAGAAAUUCCACAAAUUAACUUUUAACAAGGCGCACCUGUUAAUUGAAAUGCAUUCCAGGUGACUACGUCAUGAAGCUGGUUGAGAGAACUUCAAGAAUGUGCAAAGCUGUCAUCAAGGCAAAGGGUGGCUACUUUGAAGAAUCUACAUUUUUUUGGUUACUACAUGAUUACAUAUGUAUUAUUUCAUAGUUUUGAUGUCUUCACUAUUAUUCUACAAUGUAUAAAAUAGUAAAAAUAAAGAAAAGCCUUGAAUGAGUAGGUGUGUCCAAACAUUUGACUGGUACUGUAUAUACACACGUGUAGCUAUAUAGAGAAGACACAAGCACAAAAUACACACACACUCCACCGAGAACAGCUUGUACUGUCUCUCUCUCUCUCUCUCUCUCUCUCUCUCUCUCUCUCACACACACACACACACACACACACACACACACACACACACACACACACA